UGUUACAAACUUGAGUACAACAUUGGCAUGCCGCUUUGCCAACUAUCCAAGUGUAUAUCAUAAAAAUAACACAAGCGCUUAGCUCUCUCCACUGACGCAUUUAAUGGAUGAAUGUGCGGGAAUGCGAGUCGAGUGGGAGUUGGAAUGGCAGUUAACUAAGAGCAACGCGAUUAGAUGUUGAUUAGAAGCAUAUGUUGUUCAGUUGGGAUUAAAACCAGCUUGGGUCGCACCAUGACAAUAUCUGUUUCACAUGCCGCAGCACAAGGCAAUGCACCGAGGCACAGUGGCAACAACAACUCCAGCUCCAGUUCCAGCACAAACUCCAAUUGCAGCACAAAGCCGCUGCCUGGCUACAUGAGUACGCGCUCGGCAGCAAUGAUGGCUUUGGCUUUGGGUCAACAGUCCACAGCAGAAAGAAGCAAAAGCAAGAAGACCACAAGCACAACCACGCCCACACCUACACCCACGCCGCCGCCCACAAGCAACGCCUCGCCACGCACGCAUCAUAGAACUGUGUCCACAGCACAGCGUGUUGGCAAUAGUCGUGCCACGCCCACAAGCACGCCAUUACCGCCGCCGCCCACUUCCAAGCCCAGCACGCCGACAGCAGCGCGUGCCGCUGCACAAUUGAAUGGCAUGAGCAUUAACUCGGGCGGCAGCAAUUCCAGUGGCUCCGACAAUGAUGGCUUCAGCACCUCGGGCUCCACCACAGCCACCGCAUUGAGGCGUUUGUAUUUUAAGAGCGGCCGCAGCAUUAAGAACAAACUGAAUGCAUCAACAGCCUCAGCGGCCGUCGCAGCAGCAGCAGCGACGCCCUUGAACAGUUUGCCGCUAAGCGCCGUGUCCAGCGCCUAUCAUCAAACAGUGGGCGGUGUGGGCAGCGCCAUGCAUGCCAUGGGCGUGGCUGGUGUACCCAAGCUGGUUGUAAUGGGCACCUCGUCAGCCUCUAUACCCGACACCAACAUCAACACAUCCACAGACUCGGCCUGCACGCUCAUCACCAACGUAACGCACACGGACACAUCGGAGACCUGCGACUCGCUGGAUCUCGGCGACAAUUCCGGUCCGAGCGAGCCGCUGUUUAGCUCGCUGGAGGAGCCGCUGCUUACGGCCAUACAAAUCGAUUCCGAGCAUGAGACAGUCAACAUUGGCGGCGCCACUGAGCUGGAACUAACGAGCUGCACGCGCUCGCGCUACGCACAGCGGCCGGACAUGAAUCUGCAGGACAGCACCGAGAGCCAGGAGAGCUGCCUGUCCAUACUAACGGGCGAGGCAACCUCAACUACUCCACUGUUGGCCACAACGCGUCAGCCCAGCACAGCGCCGCCGCCCACACGCGCUCGUGAGCACUUUACGUUUGAUCUGCCGCAGUCGCCCAAAUCCGCACGCAGCAGCGAAAAGGCGCGCAGCCAUUUUAGCUUCAAGGAGGAUGCACAACAGAAGCGAACGCGCAAUGAUGCCAAACAGCAGCAGCAGCAGCAGCAACAACAACAAAAGCUGAAGCUAUCACCAUCUGGCAAUGCGGGCAACGCUGCCAAUCAGCGCAAAUAUUCCUCGAGUUCCUCCAGCGGCAGCAGCGAGCGCAAUUUGCGCGAUGUGGUGGCCGCCAGCGCUGGCAGCACCAUGUUUCCAUUUGAUCGCGAGGCGCUCGACUAUGAGCGCAUACAGCGCGAAUGCUUUGCGCCCAGCUCGGCGACAGCCAGCACCAGCAGCGAUUCCGAUGAAGCCGAUCAUUGCUCCGUCUAUGAGCGCAAGCUUAGCUCUGAUAUAUUCCAGCAAUACUCGCGGCUUACACAACAGGAGCAGCAGCAGCAGCAACAGCACAACCAUGAGCGAGAUCGCGAGCGUCCGCCGUCGCGCAAGAACUCCAAGCGCAUACGUCCAGAUUCGGUUAUACACACGACCAUACGUGAGAAUCAACAAUAUGUGCCGCAGUCGGAUGCAUUCUAUCCGCAAGCCAAGUCCAGCAGCUCGCCCAGCGAUCACUCCUACACUGAAAUCAACAAGUUCGAGGACAUUGCCAGCAAGUUUGAGCAAAUACCGCCCAAGCAUGGCUCCAACUCGAAUCUUAAUCUGCAUCAGCUGCAUAUGCACAGUCCGGGCGCCAUUAAUGUGACAGCGAAUCCUCUAGAGACGGCAGCAGUGUGUAAGCAGCCAAGAGCGACAAUUGUUGUGCAGCAGCCCUCACUUAGCCUGGACAGCACAGUGGAGACGCUGCUGAUUAAGAAUGAGGGUGAUUUCAUUAGCGUGGAGCAGGGCAAGGAGCUCAAUGCACGCAAGCGGCACUCGCAGCAGCUGCCACAUGCGCCACACUCCGCCCAGUUGCAUCAUCAUCAGCAGCAGCAGCAGCAGCAGCAACAACAACACAAAAGAGACGAGAACAUGCGUCAGUUGCUGGAUGUAACCAACACGCUUACAAUUGAGGAAUUGCGCGAUUUCGAAAUGCGCUAUGGCUCGCCACACCACAGUCGCUCGCAAUCAGUCAAAAUGCCCGGCAGUCGUGCCUCGGGGCGGCCAAAUCAGUUGUGUUUGCCACAGCAACGAUCACGCGUGGCUUCGAUGCCCAACACUGGCGUGGAGGAGGAGUACUACAGACUGCGGCACUUUAGCAUCACUGGCAAGGGCGUGGUGAAUCGUGGAGAUUCGCUUAAGAGCCGACGCAGUCGCUCCAACAACAGCGUGGCCAGCUCCAACUCUAGCACCGAACACUUGACCGCACAGCAGCAGCAACAACAGCAACAACAGCAGCAGCAGCAGCAACAGCUGCCAGCACCAACAUCAAGCUCUGCGCGCACUUCGUUGGCCUCGAGUCGUGAGAGCAGCACCUCCAAUCCAGGCAACGGACCCUAUAGAGUUCUUAUGCUGGGCGGUCCAGCGGUGGGCAAAAGUUCGCUGGUGUCGCAGUUCAUGACUUCGGAGUAUCUCCAUGCCUAUGACACGAGCAUUGAUGAUGAGUCUGGCGAGAAAGCCGUAUCAGUAUUACUCAGCGGCGAGGAGUCCGAGUUAAUAUUCAUUGAUCAUGGCUAUACGGAGAUGACACCGGAUGAAUGCUUGACCAGCUAUGAUCCACAUGGCUAUUGCGUCAUCUACUCAGCGGCAGACCGUAGUAGCUUCAACAUAGCUGAGCAGGUGCUGCAGGUGCUUUGGACCAAUCAAAAUAUAGCACAGAAGGCCGUCAUACUGGUGUCGAAUAAGGCGGACCUCGCCAGAAGUCGCCACGUUACAUCCGAAGAGGGCAAAGCCAUGGCUACGGCGUAUGACUGCAAGUUUAUUGAGACCUCCGUGGGCAUAAAUCAUAAUGUCGAUGAACUGCUAGUCGGCUUGCUAUCGCAGAUACGUCUUAAGCUCGAGAAUCCCGAGAAAUCCAGGGAUUUAUUCCGCAAGCGUUCCAUACGCAAAUCCAAACGUCGCGCCUGCUCGCCCCUCAGCUCUGGCUGCCUCAAUGCCAACACACCCCUAGGUCCAAUGGGAGCUGGUCUAGGUGACAUCGUUGGCACACCACCAGGCAGCGCGCAUAGCAGUCCACGCAAAUAUCGUGGCUCACGCACUUCCACCAGUCUUAAGGUUAAGGGUCUGCUUGGACGUGUCUGGACGCGUGAUUCCAAGUCGAAGAGCUGCGAAAAUUUGCAUGUGCUCUAAGCCCAUUACACACACUCCGCCCACAAAAGAAAAACAAAAAAAAAAUCCCAAAAGAGCCUUUGUGCUUAACCCUGGCAAAUCCUAAGGAUUAUUAUUGUUUGUAACAGCUCCUAAGUUUAAAAAACGUACAAGCUACAAAUAGACUCAUAGUUUAUAUUUAUAAUUGCUGUAUAUAUAAUUUUAAAUAC